ACGCCAGUGGGAAGCGAUGGAACCGCUGUCGAAAAUUAUUGCAAAGAAGUACUUGCCAAGCUUUGAGAACUUUAAAGCAGCAAAUCUUGUAACGGACGAUGAAUAUCGAACCGUAAAGAGAUGCAAUCUGAACGAUCUGCUCGAUACGGAAAACAAUCCCACGGUACUGGACCGGAUCUGCGAAGGAGAGCAAGUGCAGACGGCCGAGUUUUAUAAUCAGCAAGAAAAAUCUUACCACCGGAAUGUGGCGAAGAUAUAUCGCAAAAAUAGGGCCGUUUCUCCGGGACCUCCAACUGUUAAUCCUGCGCCACCGCCACCGCCACCGCCACCGCCUGCCGUGCCGGCUAUCGUUGAACCGGCAGUUCAGCCAAUCCCCAUGGAAGGUCCGCUGGAACCGGUCCGAUCGAACGAGGGCGUCAAUGCGGCAGCAGCACCGAACGAUCCAUACCAGCUGCGGGGAGAAAUCAACGCCAUAGCAACGGUGAUGCCAUCGGCGGUGGAACUGCUCCCCCAGGACGAUAACUUUGGCAGCCAGGAGGCCGAUGGGGCACGAGAGUUUUUGCAGCUGUGUACCGACGAAGAGUUGCCGCCGAUGUCGCUGAGACAGUCGAUGACGCGGAAUAUGUUGCUGUCUCAGUUUCCAUCCCUGCCGGCGGUCGCCCCAAUGGUGGACAACUUCCAGACCAUUGAUCUGAAUACGCCUUUGUUCAGGAGACCGCUGGGAACCAGUACACCGUUCCUCCCGGUUACGGAGCUCACUGCACAGUUGGCGUUGCCCGAGUUACAGGAAUCUGGCCUCAGGGCGCGCAAGAACCACAGCAAGAUCCAGCGGCUGAAGUUGUUCCGAAUAGAUCCGGAGAAGUUACUGCUUCAGCAGUGCAGCCAAGCACUGUGCCUCCUUUGA